GUUGAUAUUAAUGUGGACUAACUAAUGGUGAUUACAAAUUUUAAACAGAAUAACGGAUUGUGAUGGAGUCACUUUACACAUUCCAAAUAUUAAACGGCGAAUUUUUAAUAGGACGAAUGUUACUUUACUGGUGAAAACAGUCGGAAAGCUGUUGUACUGCAAUAACGAGCAGUGUGUAAUUUAAUUGGUAAAUUAUGCAUAUAAUACGUGUAUACUAGAUUUAUCGGAGAGAUCCAGAAUGUAAGAUAAUCAAAUUAACUGUCUUUUGAGCAGCCUUUCUCAUAAUCUACCAAUCAAACAAAGUCUUUACAAAGUGAGACAUACACCUACUCAUUCACAUAGAAGGAUAAAAACGUCUCAAUUCUUUGGUGUUAAACUGUUAACAGAAAUAAGUAUAAGCAAACAGUAAUUAGUCUUUUCAAUAAUAAGUAACCGUGUUUCGGUAAAAAAAAACACCAUGAAUAAAAUGUGCUUCACGUCAUCAAAGUUUUCGUCAUUAUCAACUACUUUACAUACAAGAUUGGUGAGAUUAUGUGCAAUAUGGUACGUCUUGAUUUUGUUCUACUUCGCUGAUGUCGGGAGUCACCCUCUGUCUGAAAGAGAACACCUCAACUUCAAAUGGAAUGAUUUCACGUUUGUUGACAAAGAUUUAGCCAAGUCAAUAAUUUGCUCCCCUCAAGCCAAUCAAGAUAUCUGUUCACAUUUAGAGAAGUUAUUGGAUCUCUCCAAAUUUCUGAGCAUGGAAGCACUAUCUGAGUUUUUCUGUUAUGCGAAUCCUUGUGUACAAAUACCGUCGUCGUCAAGUACUGCAUUAAAUUCGCCACGUAAAGAGAAACGAAGUUUAUGCAAUAUCGAUGGAUGUUACAGCGAUGGCUAUUAGAAAAAAGAAGGUUCCACGACGUAAAACAGAUUCACCUCUAAAUAUAUAUUGGCAUGUUUUUAAACCGAAUACUUGAAUUUUCAAUAAACAUGGUUGUAAUAAAUAUUUUAACAACC